UCACUGCCACGGCUUCUCAAUUGACCCCAUUGGCUGCUGUCAAGGUUGGAAUGCCAAUUAAAACUGAGCUGCCAUCAGAAGAGACUUCGGAGGAAGAGUCAUCAGACAGUGACGAGGAGCCAACUACUAAGACUCCUGCCACUGUUAUAUCAACGCCUCAGCUAAAAACUUUUUCCGUGGGCAUCAAACAGACCCCAGUGGUUGCUGCUAAGACCCCAUUAAAAUCAUCACAACCAGCGGAUGAGAGCUCAGAGGAAGAGUCUACAGACAGUAGUGAGGAGCCAUCUGUUAAGAAACCUGCCACAGUUCAUUUAUCUCAGCCAAAAACUCCUUCUGGGGGAGCUAAGCAAGCAUCUGUGUUGGCUAAAACUCAGAGCCCAGCAAAAACAACUCCACUAGCAGAUGAGAGCUCGGAGGAGUCAGACAGUGAGGAAGAGUCCGCUGCUAAGGCACUACUACUGGGGAGUGUGAGAAGAUGUACAAAUACUUUGAAACCUGCCACAGUUCAUUUAUCUCAGCCAAAAACUCCUUCUGGGGGAGCUAAGCAAGCAUCUGUGUUGGCUAAAACUCAGAGCCCAGCAAAAACAACUCCACUAGCAGAUGAUGAGAGCUCGGAGGAGUCGGAUAGUGAGGAAGAGUCCGCUGCUAAGAAACCAACCACAGCUGUUCAGUCAUCUCAGCUAAAAACGCCCUCAGGGGGAGCCAAACAGACCACUUUAAAGGCUACACUGAAGACUCCAUUAAAAACUGCACAACAGGACAGUGAGAGCUCAGAGGAGUCUGACACAGAUGAGGAGACCGUUGCUAAGAAACCUGCUACAGCUCUUCAAUCAACACAGCCAAAAUCUCCCAGUGGGGACCCUAAACAGACAGCUAUGAUGGCCAAGUCAAAGACCGCAGAGCCAAACAGUGAAAGCUCGGACGAGUCGGACAGUGAUGAGGAAGCCGCUGCUAAGGCCACUCCUGCAGUUCAGGUUAAGAUGUCCGCUCCCGAUUCUUCCCUCCUAACUGUUAAACAGACUUUUACUGUUCAGGUUCCAGAUUCUGAUGCUGAUUCAGAGAGCAGUGAAUCGUCUGAUACAGAGCAAAAGCAGCGUUCUAAAAGCACUGCACCGGUAAAAGUUCCGAAAAAGACCCCUGCGGUAGUUGGUAAGAAGGUGACCAAACCCGCUGCAGCAGAUGCCACGGACAGCAGUGACUCGGAUGAUGAAGAAAAAGCUCAGCCUAAACCUUCAGCUGUGUCAAGAGGAUUAAAGGCAAAACAAAGUGCUUCCACUGCUUUAAAACCAGAUGAAAGCUCAGAAGAAAGUGAAUCUGAAAGUGAUGAAGAGCCUGUAAAACCGGCUGAAGUCAAAACUUUAGAAACGCAGAAAGAAAAACUAUCUGCAUCUCAACCGAAGAUCACUGCACAGCCAGCAGCUAUUGUAUCAAAAGGGAAGAGCCUUGUGUCAAGCAAAAUGACCGCUUUUUCUCAGGCAAUGGCAGACAGCUCUGAAAGUACAGAGUCCUCUGAUAAUGAAGACCUUCCCCCAGCCCAGGUACCUAGAAUAUCCGUGAAGGCUACCCCACCUGCGGCCAAUGUCACAGUACAGCCAGCUGCUGUGGCCAAACACAAAGCGGGCGGUCCUACCAAGUCGGUUCCAGGGACAAAGUUGGCAAAAGUAGACCAGGGAACGCCUGAUGGCAGUGAAUCUUCAGAUGGUGAAGAGCAGCCUGAUGCACAGAAGCUUGAGUUGUCAGUUGAGGCAAAACAGAAAAAGAAGCCAAUGUCUGCUCCCUUAUUGACUUCCACUCCAUAUGAAUCCACUGUCUCUAAGGGAAAAGCUGCUGUGCCAGCGAGCACUCAUCUGGUAGCAAAAGAGACAGACAUCUCAGAGAGUAGUGAUACCGAGAGUGAUGAAGAGGAGACAAAGCAGGUUGUGACUCCUACACCAAGCUUUGUAAAGUCGAAGAGUGGAAGGAUUACAGACACGCUGGCUAAAACCUCCACAUCUUCAAAUCCUGCAAUAGCAAAGACUACAACACCGUUUAAAGUUCCCUCCACACUUAAGAAGGAUCCUGUAGAAAACUCAAGCGAGUCUUCGGAUAGUGAAUCUUCAGAGGAGACGGCUGUAAAGGUUAACACACCAGUACCUACUGCUGUGAAAGCAGCUCAACCAAAAGUCUCUGAAAAGUUGAAGACACCCAAUGUGACAAAUCCGGUGCCUGGUAAACCAAAUGCCAGUAGCCAACAAAAGCCGAAACAAGUAGAUACCGACAGCUCGAGUGAGUCUUCAGAUAGUGAAGCGGAACCUGUAGUUAAGACUGCUGUACAGAAGGUAACUACUCCAGGUCCAACUGCUAAAAAGAUGAAACAAGAAAACCAGUCCGACAAGGUGGUUAGGACUCCACUAGCUCCUAAACUUCUACCAAGCAAGCCUACUGGUAUCAGUGUGGCUAAAACACCCUUGCAGGCGGGUGAGGAGAGUUCCAGCGAGUCUUCAAGCAGUGAAGAGGAUACAGCGGAGAAGCCUCCUCCAGCUACUCCAAAACCUGCAGCACAGCCUAGUGUUGGGAAGACUACAACACAGAGUCCUGCAGUGCUACAGAAGAAGCAAGAGAGCAGUUCAGAGGAGAGUGACUCUGAUGAAGAGGAACCUGUGAAAAAGCCGACUGCAGCUACUCCAAAACCAGCAGCACAGCCUACUGUUAGGAAGACUACAACACAGAGUCCCGCAGUGCUACACAAGAAGCAAGAGAGCAGUUCAGAGGAGAGUGACUCUGAUGAAAAGGAACCUGUGAAAAAGUUAACCUCAAGUUUUGGAAAAACACAGAAGAAACCUGAACCAGCAGCCAGUCUUACAAAACUUAAGUCACCAGCUAAGAGCACAGUUGUGACUAAAUCUAAUGUCAGCUCUGACACGGCUUCUUCAGACAGUGAGGAGGACAGGCCUGUUCAGGAUAAAGGUGCUGCCCCUGGAAAUCUCGCAUCUAGCAACAAGUCAGUUGAAAGAAGUGUUGGCAAAAUGUCAAGCGCUGAUGUAAAAAAGAUUAGGCCAGCAGUUCCUUCAACACCAUCAGGUGGCAGCAAGCCAAAAGAUUCUCAGACUCUCCUCAAAGCUUUUUUUCCUGUUGUAACCACUCCGAAGAAAAGGAAAAAAAACUCAAAAACCACAAACAAGUUGGAUUCGGUUGCUGGAAAAAGUAAGAAAAAGGAGGCUAAAAACAAAGUCCAGCCUGAUAUAGUACCAGUUCUGCCAAUGGCUCUUCCAGAACAAUCUCCAUCAGCAGUAGCCUUGCUGGAAUCUGAGGAAGAAACUGUUUUAGCCCUACUGGAAGGAAGGAGUCCAAAGAAAGCAAAAAAGAACAAAAUAUCUAAGAAAGCUGCCGAGUCCGCAGUCUUUGAUUUUGCCACACCUCUAGUACAGAAUAAUGACGUACCCCUGAAGAGUCCUCUACCUCAGCCCUUCUUGUCUUCUACAUGGGUCCCUGAGAGUCCAACCUCAGGAGAUGACAAGAGUGUCCAGCCUACUACAGAGCUCCUUUCACUGUCUGAUAAGAAGGUGAAGAGCAGCAAGAAACGCAAGAUCUUCCAAGACCUCGAAAAGCAGACUCAAAAACCAGCCAAAAAGGCAAAGAAGGACGAGAAGGAAAAAAAGAUUCAGAAGGGUAUGGUAGAGGAAGCAAAUGUGACUGCAAAACCCAAGUCUGACAAAAAGAAGUCUGAAAAGGACAGAUCAAAUAAAAAAACAAAAACCAAGGAGAAAAUGGAAAACAAAGAGGGAAAGAAAAAAGCUGAAAGUAUAGCUGCAGCAGUUGUAGAGUCAGCAGAUUCUGGAAUCGGCCUGUCUAAACCUAAGAAAAAGAGGAAAACAUAAGUGGAAGAAGUGUGUAUGAAGACGCUUAACCAAGUUGCACAGCAAAGGAGAACUGUAAAGCCAUCAUGUUUAUAAUGUAUAUGUUGUCAAUAGCAUCAUGCCCGAGGAGCUAGAAGAGGACGACUAUGUCAAUACUUUAUUUUAAAAUAUUAUUUAAAUGUUUAUUUCCCACUUCUGAGGGUUUCAGGUGGUUCAGAUCUUCAGAAAUUGGGAUUCUCAGACUUGUAAUAAGCUGUGAUCAUAACCCAUCUUCCUGAAUCCUAAAAGAAUUGUAUAUUUUUUUAAUCUGAUUAAUCCCAUAGCUUGAAAAGCAGGCCUUCCUUGCUUUGUGAAAUAGGUCGUGUUUUUUUAAACAUUUUUGAUACUUUUUAUGUAGUCUUAUUUUAGCAAAUUAACAGAAUAUGUGUGGGUCUUGCAGUUUAUGGGAAUGAUUGUGAAUUGUGGACAACAAGCUAAAUUGUGGCUGUUUAAUGUUUACAGUCCCAUUAUUCUAAUAAAAUAAUGGUAUGAAUUUGUCUCUU